UAAAAUGUAUCUGCUUCUCGCAGUUUCAUGUCUGCUAGUCGUUUCGAAAGCUCAUCCACUGGCUUCCAAUGCCACGGAAAACGCUUUACCACGAGGACGCAUCAUUGGUGGAGAGCCCACCGUAAUUGAAACGCGACCGUACCAGGUAUCCUUACAGUACGGUGGACGACACAGGUGCGGCGGGAUAAUUCUCUCGGAGUACUGGGCUCUUACAGCCGCACACUGCAACAUCUUUGAUCUUAAGUACGUGCAAAUCCGCGCUGGGUCGUCCUUUAACACGUAUGGUGGUAGUAUCCACAGGGUCGAGAAGAUCAUUUCCCACGAACAAUUUUGGCAAAACAGCUUGGGCAAUGGUUACUACGACGUCGCAGUGGUCAAGGUGCACGAACCGUUUGUCUUCGACGAUUCUCGUCAGCCGGCAGACCUGUACAAAUCCAACGAGACCAUAUUAUCGGGGACCGUUGCUGUGAUAAGUGGUUGGGGCUACACGGAGGAAGAACUACCGGUACAGCUGAUGUCUGUAGGUCUGCCAGUCAUCAGUAAAGAUAUAUGCGAUGAUGCAUACAAGCAGGAACAAGGUGGUAUAGGUGAAGGCCAGAUUUGCGCUGGAUUAUACGGGGUUGGUCGAAAGGACACCUGUGGAGGUGAUUCUGGAGGUCCAUUGACCAUUGACGGGCGGGUUGCUGGUGUAGUUUCUUACGGAGCUCAGGACUGCGGUGAUCCGAUGUUGCCUGGAGUUUACAGUGAAAUUUCGUUCUUUUUUGAAUGGAUCAAUGAACAUGUGGAGCGGUAGUAUGGUUAGUGAUGAUUCAAAAAUGUUAGAGUGUCAGUUGUGAUGUUAAUUUUAUCGAAAAGUCUUAUAAAUAAUAAACAAAGCAAAAAGUUUAAUCAUCGAAUACUUAAAAAUUGGUUUUAAAAAAUUGUAAUUUUAACCAGUAAUUUGAUACAGUGUUUAAAAUAAUGAGAAAGCUAGAAGUUGUAAUAUAAUUUUCAACUAAU